AUGGUCAACCUCUAUGAAGAAAAAUUGAGUAACAAAGAAUUAGAGUUUUUAGUAAACGAUACGGUGUUUAGCAAAGAGGAAAUAUCUGCACUCUUUGAAAGAUUUGUAUAUUUAGAUCGGAAAGAAUGCGGAUUUUUAAGUUUUACAGACUUUGAAAUGAUACCAGAAUUUAACUGUAAUCCUUUUAGACAUUUACUGCUUCAAAAUACAGAAGAUAGUGAGAAUGACUUUGAGAAGAUGAAUUUCGGAUAUUUUCUUGACUUUCUUUCGAUAUUCCAUAAAGAUUCUUCUCGAGUUAAGAGAAUUCACUAUCUUUUUAAAAUAUUUGAUUUAGAUAAAAAUCACAGACUUGAUAAGAAUGUGUUAAUAAAAAUCUUUGAAAAGAUGGGAAUCGAACCUACUGAGAGUGAAAUAGAUGAUGUAUUGAGUUAUGAUUCUGGUCAUAAAGGAUAUUUAGAUAUUGUUGAUUUUACUAAAUUUUAUAAUGAAGAUGAAAAUUUAGACAAUUUAAUGAUAUUUGAUUUUACUAAAAUAGCGCCAGAACCUGAAAAACCUGCAACUUUUUGGGACAUUUUCGGUUUUUAUUAA